AUGCCCGACCCCGUCACAAACCCCGCGAUCCACCCGUACCCGGGCAUCCCGAGCGUGAAGGAAACCUGGUCAGAUAGCGAUGCGGAUCUCUCGAAGGCAGUUGUGAUUUCCCUCGCUGCAAGCUCGAAAACCGCGCGCGCUGUCGCGCACAAUUUCGCCCUGCGACCUGCGAAUGGGGGACCGUUGGGCUUGCUGCAGGUUACGUCUGCGCCGGCGGGGAUUCAAGCUGCGGCGGAUGCGCUCAAGGCGGGGUUUGCGACGAGGGCGGUUGAUUAUACGAAUUUAAAUUCAGAAGAGGUUGCGCGGUGGAUUUCGGCGCUGAAGCCGGCGAAGAUAGUCGUUAUUGAUUUUGGGAGUCGCGAUGAGUUUGUGACGGUGAAUAUUGGGAAUCAGCAGAAGGUCUACACACCAUCCGAAGUCGGCGCAGCACUCUCCUCCGCCGCAGAACACGGCAAGAUCCAGUUCAACACGUCCCCUGUUCUCGAGGCUAUCCUCGCGCUGCAGGGCGCGACGAAGCUCUUCGCUGGGCUGGAAGAGGCCUGGGCGCACUGGUUGGAGAAUCGCGAGGCGGCGGCACCGGAUCUCAGGCUCGUUUGGGGGGAGGGAGUCGUUGGUGAGAAAGGGAUUGAGGGGGGUUGGACGAGGUUGACCAGGGGGGAGGUUAAGCCUGAGGAGGCGCUGGCUUUUCGGAUUUGA